UGUCCGGACACGUCGCAUCCCGCACCAGCAGCUUCCCACACUUCCAAGGCACCACAUGCAGUGAUGUCUCCUGGACACUCAUUCAUAAUUAUAAAUGUUGAACAAAAAACGUUGGUGGUUUCAAGGCCAUAUGCAUGCUCUUGGAAUAGGCGUGGGUUUGGGACGGACCAGAGUAGGUCGGAAGUGCCAAGGCCGCGCUUUGGAAGGCAUGGUUGUAGAAGAUCCACUAUGUGGGCCGGACGAUGAGAGCCAUGUAGGCGAACAACUCGGGCGCUUUUUCAGGAAAGCACUGAACCAAGAACGGUGGCCAUUGUAGCGAAAUUGUCCACCCAGACGGAGAUGUCCAAGAUAGCCAACCUAGGGCGCCCGGUUGGAGCUGGCCUCGCUCAUCUCAAUGAACUUAGUAUCUUUGCGGCUAUGGUCGUGGACACAGUUGCUCCCGGGUUGUAGGAUGCUAAACUACAUGCUACCAGUGUUAAAUAAUUAUGCAUGUAAUUUCAGUUUACGUAUUUUCUUGAUUCUCUAUAAUUACACUGUUGACUUUCAAAAUGCUGUGUAAGCAGUCAGUUUGUACUGAUUACACUAAGUACCUAUACAAAGCUAUGCAGUGUUGUAAAUGAUGUGCAAGUACAAAUUGAGGUGGUUCUAUUCCAAGAGAGCCUUUCUGGUUUUGUUUUGGACACUACUGCUGAGUUUUAUAAGCCCUUCUCUGUACUACUUGAAUGUUGAAGUAUUUGUAGGUAAAGUUUCGAAAUGGUUUGUUGUGCUUUCAGUUUUGAUUGCAGCACCCUUGUCAGGAUGGUUAGCAAAUACCAAACAAGGCAACUACAGAGUGUUUAAGAUUGGAUGUGUAUCGUUGUUUGUUUCGACUGUGAUGACUUGCUUAGUUUUUGUUAUUGGGUUUGAAAUCAGUACUGUGCUUGUAUCGAUACAAUUUAGUUUCAGUGUUACGUUUUUUAUAGUAGGAGUUUGGAUGUGUCUUGUAACCGUCCUUCAACUUGGUCUAGAUCAAAUGCCAGAUGCCUCUUCCUCGAACAUUUCUUCUUACAUUGCCUGGUUUGUUGGUGCCACAGUGGCUGGAAUGUAUCUCAGUUACUUUACAUCUUCACCGUCGUCCUGUACACACUUUAAAACUAUUAUGGUGUCUCCCAUUGUUUCCCUGUUUUUAGUUCUUUGUAUGGCUCUUAUUCUUGUUCAACAGUUUUUUAUCCCUUCAAAAUGGCUAAUAAUUGAACCCAGAUCACCUCAGUCUCUGAAAACCAUCUACCACAUUCUUAAGUUUGCUAAGCAACACAAAGCUCCCCUCAAUCGCAGUUCUCUUACAUAUUGGGAGGAAGAAAUACCUUCUAGAGUAGAUCUUGGUAAGUCAAGGUAUGGUGGACCGUUCACUACGGAGCAAGUUGAAGAUGUGAAAACGUUAUUAUGUCUAAUGGUUAUAAGCCUGCCUUUUUUCUUAAUCACUCUUUCGUUGGGAAUUCGCCCAAAUAUUGUGAGCCACGUCGAUUUUCAAAUUCCUGGCCUGAAUCAGUGUAGUGCAUUUGUACUUUUGGCGUUUACCUACAGUUCACAUUGGAGUAGUGUACUAGCCACAAUCUUUUGUGAGCUUGUCUUUUACCCACUUGUUGGAAAUAAGUCUCCAAGUCUUCUCCAAAAAAUUGGAUUCACAAGUUUUAUGUUGUUAGCUUUUCGUGUCUAAUUAUCAAGUUAGUUCAGUAUUUAGAUCAUUCCAAUGAAAAUGUUAGUGAGUGGAUAGCACGUGUCAUUUAUUUGGUAACUUCGGGUGUUUUGUUCCAGAUUUUCCUCACUUCAGUACUUGAGUUCGCUUGUGCUCAGUCUCCCUAUCACAUGAGGGAACUUGUCCUUUCUUUUGUGAUUGUGUUUAUAGUGUCUGGUAGUGUUGUUGGUACUUCAUUUGGUCGUUACCUAAGUUAUCAAGCAUGUGAAGAUCAAAGCUCUUGGUGUUCUGUUGUGCCAUUUGCAGUGAAAACUGUGAUUAGUUUGAUUUCACUAGUAUUGUUUUGUGUCGUGUCUCGCUGGUACAAGAUGAGAGUGAGAGAUGAUGGAUUUGCUCAGCAGAGGAUAGUGGAGGAGGUCUAUGAUCGAUACCUCACCGCUGAAGCAGCAAGAUCAAACACUCAGUAUGGUACUGUUGGGUUGAACAAUACAGUUAGGUAGUAGUAUCCUGUACCAUGAUUUGAUUUCAGAAGCUGUUUGUGACCUUAUUAUUAUGUUUUUAGUGUUGAAGUUUGUUUAUAUUGUACUUGACAUUUGUAACGUUCAUUAAAUAGGUGUCUAUACUAUGUAGGUGUCUAUACUAUGUAGACCAUUUUUAUUGACAUCUUUCGGAUAGCACACGCAUGACGUAGCAUGUACGCACAUGAGCACUUUGCUUAACCGAUUAUACGCCUUGACGCCACGUAGCGAGUAAGUACCACCUUAAAAUUUUUAAAUUAUCGUAAAAACUUUCACUGUUUACAAUAGUCGAUGUGCAUACAGAGUUCUAGUACAUUCUUGUACCAAGUGCUUAGUAUAUCUUUCAACUUACAUGCUUGUUAAUGUAUGAAGCUAUACUAUACAUUGUAUAUAUUGCGGUGGUUGUUGUUCAUGUGUUUCAUUGUUCAUAUUGAAAACUUGUCCCAAUAAAUUAUUAUCAUAGCGAUUAUGUGUUAUUGUAAUUAAAUAGGUUUUACAGUGUAAAUUUUAAAAUUCUUUUAAUGCAGUAACAUAACUUCUAGCAAGCAAUAUGUGUUCUAUUUGUGACUUUUUAGAUACUAAUGUUGAACACAAUUUUCGUUAUAAUUCUUGUGAUUUGUGGUGUUGAAUUCAGCACCGUUAUCCAGGUGGUUAUAGCUGAUGCAAAAGUAGGGUUUUUAGGUUUUUGUUUUGCCUAUGGUGGUUUUAAAACACUUGUUUUGGGUCAUGUAGGUUAAUUAUAUAAAUGAAUGACCGACCAUUCAACGUCCUCCGGCUGAAUUAAAAAUCUCUGGUGUCCAUUUUCUCCUUAAGGUUGUCGCACACCAUGAACAUAGAAUUCUGUGUUCAUAAUUAUUUCUUAAUGUCAGCCCUUUGACAAGAAGUGUUCCCCACCGCAACCUGCUAUGUCUGUGCCUGCUGCGGGGUGCCGGUCCGCUACCCAGAACAUAACGGGAGCUGGAUGCACUUGAGUCGUCUCCCAAGGUUGGAGGGUCGGUGUCCUCGUCUUCCGAGGUUGGAGAGUCGGCGUCCGAGGACGUUCAAUUGUCUUCCGAGGACGGUGGGUCUGGCGAUUGGUCUGGCGAUUGGUCCCUGUCAGGGUGGUGGUGCUCCCACAAGCGGGCCGCCCUGUCUGCCUGUGUGCCUGCAUGGGAGAAGUGUUCAUAGUCCAGAUGGAGGGCCAGUAGGGCGCGUGGAACAGAGGUGUAGUCUGACACGUCUGUUGGGAGGGGUGGUGGUCCAGCAGCUGUUCGGCGGCGAGACAUUGUACCAGAGAGAGAGGGAUUGAAAUGGAUAGUGACCAAAAGCAGAGAGACACGAUCAAUAGCUUUGUUUCUAUCUGACUGCGUGUGAGCGCAACUGCCAUGCGGUUGUCCGCUUACUGCGCAUGCGCAGACCCCCGCGCACGUGUAAGGCUGCCACGUGGUCGUCUGCCCAUUGCGCAUGUGCAUACCCCCAGCACCUGAGAUCUUGCACUGGCUGCCAUUAACCAUUGUUUAGUGCCACCACAAAACCUACUAUACACACAACAAAGUCAUUUUUACAACAAAUAUUUUAAUUUUUAUUGCUCCAAUUUCCUUUUCUUGAUAGUGUCUGCUUCUAGGCUUGCUGCAUAUAUACUCUCUAUCCUGCUCUCACCUUGAGGAUUCAUAAUUCAACAGAAUUAGAUAGAGGACAUUAGCUGUAUAUAGUCGCUAGCAUUUGAGGAGAAAAGCCGCAGAAGUUGAGAAGAUAGUCUCCUCUGACUUUUCGCCACUCCACUUUGCAUGAAAGAAAACGUUAUGUAUAGAUUGGCGACGGCGGGAACAAUCGUGCCUCGAGUGACGGGAGGAAUGGCUAUCUGAGGAGCUGACAGUGAUGACGGUGGAAGUCCUGUAGAACGACAGGACCCAAAGCCCAUAGGUGGGGGAUGGAUACAGAGAGGAAGAAGCGAGCCUGGGAGUCAGGGCUCAAGCAGGAUCAGUGUCACUGGGAGAGUCAGUGUGGCUAGGAGAGCUAGGAGAGCUGGAAGGAAACAUGACCGUCAGAGUCAUUAUCGGUGCCGUCAGGGAAAAAUUCGCAGUCAUUGGUUUGUGGUUUACAGCUGCUGAUGUCAUCAAAACAGUAGAAAAUAGUAAAUUAUGUAGCUUUUCAGUUUAUCUCAGCAAUGGAAUAAGCAUAUAGGAUGUUUAGACUCGCAAGCCACUCCCUUUUCUCUGAUUGGACGGGGGCGGGAAAAAAGGGACUGGUGACUCUGGGCUACAGCUUGUGUAAAUCAGGAAUGCUAUUAAAUAUUAAUGUCAUGUGCAAAUUAUCCAGAUGCGUCAAAAUCUAAAGACACACAGAAGAUAAGUACGUAUACAGAUCUAUCUAGCCAGCCUUUUGAUAUUAUAGAUCCUUGUACCAGUGUCUGUUGUGCCACAACUUGUGGAUUAGCAUGGAACAGCUGAUGAACGUAGAAAUCUUGGCAGUCCUUCUUUGAACCGAGGAGUGGCAGCGAUUUAAGACAGCUUGUACAAGUCUGACUACUCUCAAUUCAACUGCUGCCCUCUGCCAUUAUCUGUCUUGUAUUGUACAGGUUAUUAAAAGCUUUAGGCAACCAAUAACACACUGACUUUCGGCUGCCAGUUCUCAUCACGUAAAACUAAAACACAGCUAAUCUCUGCUGGUGUCUUAGAUGACUAUAUCCUAGCUGAAUGCAUGCCUGAUGUCGUUAUUACUCCAUCAUCUUCUCUUUUCUAGCACUAGCAUCCAUUCUCAAACUGUAGCUAAGAAGCCCGCGAUCACUUUUGCAGGCUAUGCAAUUCUACUUAACCUCACGCAAUUUUUGGAUCACGUGGAAAAAUCAAUGAAUAAUCUCUACCCAAAUUCUGGUAGAGACAGAAGCUGUAGCCCAGAGUCACCAGUCCCUUUUCUCCCGCCCCCGUCCAAUCAGAGAAAAGGGAGUGGCUUGCGAGUCUAAUAGGAUGUUCUUGGUAUCAAAAUGUAGCCCAUUUCAUCUGUAAACUUACUACAAAAUUUUAAAGCUAAGCUAUUAAUUUUUCAGAAGUUAUUACUGACUCUAACUAAAAGUGUACCUUAAAACCAGUAAAUCAUGAAUUAUAAACACUGUGAACAUAUGUAAGACCCAGAAAUAUUUAUCACUUUAAAACACUUUGUUAUGUGAACAAUUAUAUUUCGUGAACAUGUUAACAAUAAUAUGAACUGUGUCUAUAAUAUUAAUAAUUAUAGCGAUGGAUUAUUUAGUUGUAUAUCUGAUAAAUUAACUGUACUACAACGUACGUGGAAAUAGCAAUGGAUUUAGUUGAAGGAACAAUACGUCAUUAUAUAGUUUGUUAAUUUAAGAAUAAAAUAACCUACCCAAACUUAAUUCUGUUAUUAUAACAACUGUUGUGUUACAAUAACUGCAUGCACCUUUAAAACUUACUACUACAAGGUGGAAACAGCAAUAUAUUUAAAAAUAUUAUGAUAAAUUAAAGUACAAUUUGUUAAUUUAAGAAAACUUUGAUCAAAAUAACCUGCCUGAAAUUCUGUUAUUAUAACAAUAGUUGAUAGUUUUCACAAUCCGUUUUUACGGUGUACUGCUGCUCGACAACAAUCAGAAUUAUGUUGAGACUGUUAUGCACGUAACAUGCUACUAUUUUGAACAAAGGCUUGGGCUGCACCCAUGGCUUAGAGUAGGGUUAGGGUUAGGUGUGGGAUCAGUUGGGGACAUAUGAAAAUAAUGAUUGCUUGUAAAACGUCGUAGUGAGUUUUUACCCUGUCAUUAUUCAAACGAAGACUGAAUGCUUGAUUAAUGCGAUUUAAAAAGGAGUGGAAGCUAUUUUGGUCGAAAUUUUGUUGCAAGAAUUUUUGCUAAUAACCAGAGGCAAAUUUCCUGGAGCUUUGACAGGUUAAUGGUCAAAUCCAUCUAUAUAAUUACCAUAUUUACUUGUUUAAACGCCGAUGUAAAAGCUCUAUCAUAUUGUUACAUUAUUGGUUCAGAGUUAUAGUCUCUCCAGAACUUCUCUUUCCAAUCCGCUUUGUACAAUAUGUACUUUUGCAGUUUUUGAUAGGUCUUCGGCAACCCAAGAGUAGCAAGACGCUUGGCCCUAUCCCUAUAGUGUCGUCGUUGGCUUCGUCUGUGUGAGACUCGUAUAUGGCUACAGCCUCUGUGAAGUUAUAGGCAUUGCAGUGAACAAGAAAAUUAAGCAAGUCACAAAUCCGCCAAAAGCAAUGUUAGUGCCUUGGGUAUCUCAUAGCGACCACUCCAACCAUUACUAGCAAAUGACGUGAUGGUCAUAAACAUGCUGCCUAUAGACACAUCAGUUUAGUGUUACCUCAUCAGCCAGGUCCAUGCAUCGAGGAGAGCAGCUCUAUAACACAGUCAAUGCGACCACAGGACAGUGGGAAGCACCCAUGGCUUCCCCUGAUCAUCCCAAUGUGCUUCAAUAGCCAGGCUGAUUUUUUUCAGAUGAGGGUUCUUUCUUGUAACCCUCGAUGGCAUCCGGAGGUUCAGUUGUAACCUCAUACCCCAGAAGGAGCUAGGAGGGUGUGAGCUAGGUAUAAGAUAUGCAAUAUAUAAGUAGGGUUCACCUAUCCUACAACAAUGAGAACAUAAUUGGGGCGAGCGAAGCGAGUCCCUUAGUUAGUCAUGCACGUGGUCCGGGUGGUGUAUGUAUGUAUGUAUGUCUGUCGUGGACCGGCAGGCUGGCAUGGACUGGCAUACGAUAUUUGCUUUUGUGACUCGUGAUCCUUUACCAAUUUCUACGUGACUCAAUAACUUUAGCUCGAUAAAGAUAUGAAUAGCGGUAAAACUAGGGAUAAGGAGGGAGCGGGAGCGACAGGCAAGAUCCUCAGAAAUAGCUAAAAAGAGGGAAAGGAGGCUUACUAGACCCAGUGAAAGAUACAGGGCACACAGGAGCAGCAGGAAGUGAAGGUAUAACUGACUCAAACGGUUCUGCAGGUGUUCAAGUUGCCUAACAUAAAUACAUUUUGUGUAGAAAGUGCACAAGUCAGCAGAAAGUGGCCAAACAUUAUUAAAUUUUCAUUACACUUACAGAGACUCCAGAGGCCACAUAUAUAUAGGCACGCUUGAAGCAACACAUGCAGGCAGAGGCAUACAGAGUGAAUCCCGAUAUGCCUCUAUUCGAACACUGUUCAAUCCAAGAUGCUGUUUAUAUCUGCAGUCAUGCCAAUAAUGCAUGUCUAUCUAUCGAUUACCACUUGCAUGGACAAUAUGAAUUCGCAGGCCAUGUCAUCAACCUGCCACAAGAUGUGGUGUCAUUUGCACAAUAUCUUUCAGCAGAGUUGGAUGCGUCGCUUGCCCCAUGGCGCUUGCGUCACCCUAGUUUAUACAUUAAUUGACGCUUCUUGUCGGUCUCUAAUCGUUUAUUGGUCAGGUCGGAAUUCCGACCCAGCUAAAAGAAGACUAAAGUGCUCAGACUCUCUCCUGUCAGGUGCGGCUGAUUUAUGAGACUAUAUAAGUUGGCUGAUUCAUGAGACUUAAGUUGAUCGAAUCUAGCUAUGGUAUUUUAGGAGCAUUGCUUGAGUUAUUAGUGUAACUAUGGUGUCACAAUCAUGUCCUUAUUAGGUAUCUAUCUGUUGCUUGAGUGUUAGUGCUCUAUUAGCUAAGACCAAGUACGUAGUAUAAUAGUUGUAAAGAAGUAUUGGCCAAGAAUCUGUGAUAUUAUUAUUUUGCUACACGUGCUUCUCGGGUGUAAUAUAAGAUGGCUAUCAAUGCUCGUGGAAACAAGAAAAGAACUUGUAAAUGGAGAGUCAGAUGGUUCUACUCUAGGGGGGGGUACUUGGUCUUGGUAUGGAAUCUGCUGGUCAACUUCUCAUUUGCGACUACCCUAUUGUUUUCUGGUCAAUUCACUAGUUAUCUUACCUCAAGCCCAUUGUAUGUGUCGAUACUGAUAGCCAUUGUACCUAUAUGUUCUCUUGUCAUUUCGGCUCCAUUAUCAGGUUGGCUGGCUGAUGCUAAACUCGGAAACUUGAAAGUUCACAAAAUCGGUAUUUUUCUAAUCUUUUUGUCGACUUUGGUGACAUGUGUGCUCACAUGUUGACAACUGAGUUAUUUAACAGUAACAGUCUUAAGCUUUCAAUUUUCAGUGUCAUUUCCAGCCUAUCUUUGUUAGGAUAUGGAGCUUUCUUAUCUACCUCUGUCCAGCUAGGUCUUGAUCAAAUGCCUGAAGCUUCUUCAGAAAACAUUAGUAGCUUUCUUAAUUGGCAUUAUUUUCUUGUUAUUGCCAGCUAUUGGGUAGUUAUGGUAUUGUUUAAUAUUAAUAACAAAUGUGUUGGUGAAAAGUACAACCUGGUGUAUAACCAGAUACUGAGCUUUUUCUCUGUGUUUUGUAUGAGUAUUGUUCUAAUUUCUGAUUUUUGUCUCUCCUCAAAGUGUCUGGUAGUUGAACCAAAAGCAACUCAGUCUCUGAAAACCAUCUAUCAAGUUCUCAAGUUUGCUGCCAAGCACAAGGCUCCCCUCAAUCGCAGUGCUCUCACAUUGGGAGGAAGACAUACCUUCUAGACUAGAUCUUGGUAAGUCAAGGUAUGGUGGACCAUUCACUACAGAGCAAGUUGAAGAUGUGAAAACAGUAUUUCGUGUAUUUUCUCUUGGUUUAACAACGUUGUUUGCAUAUGGCUUCUUUACUGCUCUAAGUAUUAGUAGAAAGACUAUCAUAUUUUUCUCGCUAACCGAAUGUGAAAGCACCAUUGUUUUUGUGCACAUUGGUCCAGUAAGUUUCUUCAUUGGAAUGUUGGUGCAAGAAUUUUAAAUUUAUCCUAUAGCCCGAGGCAAAUUUCCUGGUACUCUGAAAAGAUUUAAAGCUACGUACUUCCUUAUUGUAACCAUUUGUGUUGUGUGUCUUAUUUUGGCCAUUCUCAAAUACUUUGGACUUGUCCCUAGUUUAUCAAUUGAUGUUAUUUUCUCAGUAUCAGGUAGUUUGCUGUUUGUGGUUUUUUUACCAGCAGAAUUGGAGUUUGUAUGUGCUCAGUCACCAUACAAUAUGAGAGGGUUGCUUGUUGGUUUGGUGUACGUUAAGUAUGUUUGCUCUGGUUUUUUCAAUGCCGUGUUUAGUAUUUUGAUGAGUAGUUUAUGUACUAGUGAGUACUGCAUCAUCAUUCAAUGGUCUGUAAUAGCCGUGCUCAUUUUGUUUGGAUUUGUGUUGUUCCUAUUCGUGGUUCGCCGAUACAAGUUGAGAACGAGGGAUGAUGGUUUUGUAGCUCAGCAUUUUAUUGAAGAGAUAUACGAUCGAAACCUCACUGCUGCUGCUCAGCUAGAGCAACCACGCAUUUUUGCAACUAUGAAAUGAUAUUGAUUUUGUAUGUACACUCAUAUUUGGAUUUGACUUGUUUGGACACAAUAAUUAACCUGAGGCAGGCAUGUAGGCGGUGACAGGUUAUAUAUUAACAGGGUGUCAUACAGGAUUUUGAAGUAGAGGGGGGAAAUAAAAAAGUAACCAGAAAAGUUUGCUAAAAAAAAGGUCAACUGUUAUUUCAUAGUAUGUAAAAUUGCCAGCUAUGGACCCUCGGUCAGCAAAAAGGGGGGGGGAUAUCCCCCUUCCCCCCCUGUAUGACACUCUGGUAUAUAUAGUGUCACUGUAUGGUAGUCAGUCAAUGUGUCUGUUAAUUAAUGUUUGUUUCGAUAAAAUAUGUAUUCUUGUUUUGCUCUACUUAAUAAUGCUGCAUACUGUUUCACAAUGACAAUGAAUGGAUUGCAAUGCACCCUCUUGGUGGGUGUGGUUUGCUGGCAUUAAAACGCGAAUAAUCUUACACGCGUUGCCAAAUAGCGAAAAUUUCCCCGGUAUAAGGAAAUAACUGCUCUGUGAAGUUAUAGGCAUUGCAGUGAACAAGAAAAUUAAGCAAGUCAAAAAUCCGCCAAAAGCAAUGUUAGUGCCUUAGGUAUCUCAUAGUGACCACUCCAACCAUUACUAGCAAAUGACGUUGCUGCCUAUAGACACAUCAGUUUAGUAUUCCCUCAUCAGCCAUGUCCAUGCACCGAGGAGAGCAGCUCUCUAACACAGUCAAUGCGACCCACAGCACAGUGGGAAGCACCCAUAGCUUCCCCUGAUCAUCCCAAUGUGCUUCAAUAGCCAGGCUGAUUUUUUUCAGAUGAGGGUUCUUUCUUGUAAGCCUCGAUGGCAUCCGGAGGUUCAGUUGUAACCUCAUACCCCAGAAGGAGCUAAGAGGGUGUGAGCUAGGUAUAGGAUAUGCAAUAUAUAAGUGGAGUUCACCUAUCCUACAACAAUGAGAACAUAAUUGGGGCGAGCGAAGCGAGUCCCUUAGUUAGUCAUGCACGUGGUCCGGGUGCGCUUGCCCCAUGGCGCUUGCGUCACCCUAGUUUAUACAUUAAUAUUAAUUGACACAUAAUUAUGCUUCUUGUCGGUCUCUAAUCGUUUAUUGGUCAGGUCGGAAUUCCAACCCAGCUAAAAGAAGACUAAAAUGCUCAGACUCUCUCCUGUCAGGUGCGGCUGAUUUAUGAGACUAAGUUGGCUGAUUCAUGAGACUAAGUUGAUCGAAUCUAGCUGUGAUAUUUUAGGAGCAUUGCUUGAGUUAUUAGUGUAACUAUGGUGUCACAGUCAUGUCCUUAUUAGGUAUCUAUCUGUUGCUUGAGUGUUAGUGCUCUAUUAGCUAAGACCAAGUACGUAGUAUAAUAGUUGUAAAGAAGUAUUGGCCAAGAAGCUGUGAUAUUAUUAUUUUGCUAUACGUGCUUCUCGGGUGUAAUAUACUACUUCUUUGAUGGCUAUCAAUGCUCGUGGAAACAAGAAAAGAACUUGUAAAUGGAGAGUCAGAUGGUUCUAUUCUAAAGGAGCCUACUUGGUCUUGGUAUGGAAUCUGCUGGUCAACUUCUCAUUUGCGACUACCCUAUUGUUUUCUGGUCAAUUCACUAGUUAUCUUACCUCAAGCCCAUUGUAUGUGUCGAUACUGAUAGCCAUUGUACCUGUAUGUUCUCUUGUCAUUUCGGCUCCAUUAUCAGGUUGGCUGGCUGAUGCUAAACUCGGAAACUUGAAAGUUCACACAAUCGGUAUUUUUCUAAUCUUUUUGUCGACUUUGGUGACAUGUGUGCUCAUGUUGACAACUGAGUUAUUUAAUAGUAACGGUCUUAAGCUUUCAAUUUUCAGUGUUAUUUCUAGCCUAUCUUUGUUAGGAUAUGGAGCUUUCUUAUCUACCUCUGUCCAGCUAGGUCUUGAUCAAAUGCCUGAAGCUUCUUCAGAAAACAUUAGUAGCUUUCUUAAUUGGCAUUAUUUUCUUGUUAUUGCCAGCUAUUGGGUAGUUAUGGUAUUGUUUAAUAUUAAUAACAAAUGUGUUGGUGAAAAGUACAACCUGACUUAUAACCAGAUACUGAGCUUUUUCUCUGUGUUUUGUAUGAGUAUUGUUCUAAUUUCGGAUUUUUGUCUCUCCUCGAAGUGUCUGGUAGUUGAACCAAAAGCCACUCAGUCUCUGAAAACCAUCUAUCAAGUUCUCAAGUUUGCUGCCAAGCACAAGGCUCCCCUCAAUCGCAGUGCUCUCACAUAUUGGGAGGAAGACAUACCUUCUAGACUAGAUCUUGGUAAGUCAAGGUAUGGUGGACCGUUCACUACAGAGCAAGUUGAAGAUGUGAAAACAGUAUUUCGUCUAUUUUCUCUUGGUUUAACAACGUUGUUUGCAUAUUGCUUCUUUACUGCUCUAAGUAUUAGUAGAAAGACUAUCAUAUUUUCCUCGCUAACCGAAUGUGAAAGCACCAUUGUUUUUGUGCACAUUGGUCCAGUAAGUUUCUUCAUUGGAAUGUUGGUGCAAGAAUUUUUGAUUUAUCCUAUAGCCCGAGGCAAAUUUCCUGGUACUCUGAAAAGAAUUAAAGCUACGUACUUCCUUAUCGUAACCAUUUGUGUUUUGUGUCUUAUUUUGGCCAUUCUCAAGUACUUUGGACUUGUCCCUAGUUUAUCAAUUGAUGUUAUUUUCUCAGUGUCAGGUGGUUUGCUGUUUGUGGUUUUCUUACCAGCAGAAUUGGAGUUUGUAUGUGCUCAGUCACCAUACAAUAUGAGAGGGUUGCUUGUUGGUUUGGUGUACGUUAAGUAUGCUAGCUCUGUUUUUUUCAAUGCCGUGUUUAGUAUCGUGAUGAGUAGUGCAUGUACUAGUGAGUACUGCAUCAUCAUUCAAUGGUCUGUAAUAGCCGUGCUCAUUUUGUUUGGAUUUGUGUUGUUCGUUUUUGUGGUUCGCCGAUACAAGUUGAGAACGAGGGACGAUGGUUUUGUAGCUCAGCAAAUCAUUGAAGAGAUAUACGAUCGAAACCUCACUGCUGCUGCUCAGCUAGAGCAACCACGCAUUUUUGCAACUAUGAAAUGAUAUUGAUUUUGUAUGUACACUCAUAUUUGGAUUUGGACACAAUAAUUAACCUGAGGCAGGCAUGUAGGCAGUGACAGGUUAUAUAUAUAUAGUGUCACUGAAUAGUAGUCAGUCAUUGUGUCUUAUUAAAUUGAUGAAAUUGAUACAUGCAAUGUCGUUCUUAAAGCCUGCUUCAAGAGUUCUCACAAUUGUUAUAGGAACUGAAUUUCAAUAUUUCUUUUGAUUGGUGGUUAGUUGCCUGCCGCUACAUUAAUUUAUUCCACUGAUUUUUUUCUAUACUUCAAUAGAACCACACAUCGAGAGGGUUUAGCGCCAAAUUAAUAUCCCAAUUAUACGGCAUUCCUUAAAAUCAUCCAUCUCGUCUGAAUAAUUAUGUUGUUGCAGCUACGCUUCGGUAAUCUCAUUUAUAUGAUUUCCCCAAAUUAUGCGUUCAACUUCUAUUGGGCCACUACGUAUAACGGUACAGAUAACAUAAUGUAUCAGAUACAUGAUUAUUGGUCACCGGCCAGUUGUUCGCACCUUAUCCAAUAGAAUGCAUGGUACGUAACUAUAGCUAUAAUAAUAUCUAUUAUUAAUCGCUAUUAUCUGCAUGAAUAAACGCCGAUUAUUCAUGUCUAAUCUCAAUCUUUGGAUGCCUUGGGCUGAAACCUUAGUUAGAAAUACACACCUCUGCCCCUGUGUGUAGUAAUCUUCCAGUGUGUUUAAUCGAUGUAAUUUCUAUACUUGUAAGGGCCUUAAAAUGGUCGUGGAUAAUCAGAGUGCUCUCUCGAUGGUAGCAUAGGAUGGGGCAAGGUGUCCAGACACGUCGCAUCCCACACCAGCAGCUCCCCACACUUCCAAGGCACCACAUGCAGUGAUGCCUCCUGGACACUCUUAUAUAUAUUCAUAAUUAUAAAUGUUGAACAAAAACGUUGGUGGUUUCAAGGCCAUGCAUGCUCUUGGAAUAGGCGUGGGUUUGGGACGGACCAGUUUAGGUCGGAAGUGCCAAGGCCGCGCUUUGGAAGGCAUGGUCGUAGGAAAUUCAUUGUGUGGGCUGGUAGUUGUGUUCGCAUCGGACGUAGGCGAACAACUCUGGUGCUUUUUCAGGGAAGCGCUGAACCAUGACGGUGGCCAUUGUAGUGAAUUAUUUCACCCAGACGGAAAUGUCCCAAGACAGCCAACCUAGGGCGCCCGGUCGGGGCAGAGGUCAUCAGAGCUGACCUCGCUCAUCUCAAUGAACUUAGUAUCUUUGCGGCUAUGGUCAUGGACACAGUUGCUCCCGGGUUGUAGGAUGCUAAACUACAUGAAUAAUUAUGCAUGCAAUUUCAAUUUACGUAUUCUCUUGAUUCUCUAUAAUUACACUGUUGACUUUCAAAAUGCUGUGUAAGCAGUCAGUUUCUACUGAUUACACUAAGUACCUAUACAAAGCUAUGCAGUGUUGUAAAUGAUGUGCAAGUACAAAUUGAGGUGGUUCUAUUCCAAGAGAGCCUUUCUGGUUUUGUUUUGGACACUACUGCUGAGUUUUGUAAGCCCUUCUCUGUACUACUUGAAUGUUGAAGUAUUUGCAGGUAAAGUUUCGAAAUGGUUUCUUGUUCUUUUAGUACUAACAGUUUUGAUUGCAGCACCCUUGUCAGGAUGGUUAGCAAAUGCCAAACUUGGCAACUACAGAGUGUUUAAGAUUGGAUGUGUAUCGUUGUUUGUUUCGACUGUGAUGACUUGCUUAGUUUUUGUCGUUAAAGAAUUUGGUUUUGAAAUCAGUACUGUGCUUGUAUCGAUACAAUUUAGUUUCAGUGUUACGUUUUUUAUAGUAGGAGUUUGGAUGUGUCUUGUAACCGUCCUUCAACUUGGUCUAGAUCAGAUGCCAGAUGCCUCUUCCUCAAACAUUUCUUCUUACAUUGCCUGGUUUGUUGGUGCCACAGUGGCUGGAAUGUAUCUCAGUUACUUUACAUCUUCACCGUCAUCGUGUACACACUUCAAAACUAUUAUGGUGUCUCCCAUUGUUUCCCUGUUUUUAGUUCUUUGUAUGGCUAUUAUUCUUGUUCAACAGUUUUUUAUUCCUUCAAAAUGGCUAAUAAUCGAACCCAGAUCACCUCAGUCUCUGAAAACCAUCUACCACAUUCUUAAGUUUGCUAAGCAAAACAAGGCUCCCCUUAAUCGCAGUUCUCUCACCUACUGGGAGGAAGAUAUACCUUCUAGAGUAGAUCUUGGUAAGUCAAGGUAUGGUGGACCGUUCACUACGGAGCAAGUUGAAGAUGUGAAAACGUUAUUAUGUCUAAUGGUUAUAAGCCUGCCUUUUUUCUUAAUCACUCUUUCGUUGGGAAUUCGCCCAAAUAUUUUGAGCCAUAUCGAUUUUCAAAUUCCUGGCCUGAAUCAGUGCAGUGCAUUUGUACUUUUGGCAUUUACCUACAGUUCACAUUGGAGUAGUGUACUAGCCACAAUCUUUUGUGAGCUUGUUUUUUACCCACUUUUUGGAAAUAAGUCUCCAAGUCUUCUCCAAAAAAUUGGAUUCACAAGUUUUAUGACUUCUGUUGUUAGCUUUUCAUGUCUAAUUAUCAAGUUAGUUCAGUAUUUAGAUCAUUCCAAUGAAAAUGUUAGUGAGUGGAUAGCACGUGUCAUUUAUUUUGUAACUUCGGGUGUUUUGUUCCAGAUUUUCUUCACUUCUGGACUUGAGUUCGCUUGUGCUCAGUCUCCCUAUCACAUGAGGGGACUUGUCCUUUCUUUUGUGAUUGUGUUUAUAGUGUCUGGUAGUGUAGUUGGUUCUUCAUUUGGUCUUUACCUAAGUUAUCAAGCAUGUGAAGAUCAAAGCUCUUGGUGCUCUGUUGUGCCAUUUGCAGUGAAAACUGUGAUUAGUUUGAUUUCACUAGUAUUGUUUUGUGUCGUGUCUCGCUGGUACAAGAUGAGAGUGAGAGAUGAUGGAUUUGCUCAGCAGAGGAUAGUGGAGGAGGUCUAUGAUCGAUACCUCACUGCUGAAGCAGCAAGAUCAAACACUCAGUAUGGCACUGUUGGGUUGAACAAUACAGUUAGGUAGUAGUAGAUUUCAGAAGCUGUUUAUGACCUUAUUAUUAUGUUCUUAGUGAUGAAUUUUGUUUAUAGUG